UUCACUUCACUGCCCGCCAAAAACAUUACAAGCAACGUCCGCGAUGAUCCGACUCGACAACAGUCAGUACUUCCACUUCCUGCACCGAGCCAACGCGUUACGCCGCUCGGGCUCACUGUGCGAUGCCCUCAUCUCGGUCAAGAACCAGACCUUUAAGGCUCAUCGGCUGGUUCUGGCCUGCGCCAGCAGGAGACUCGAGAAGAAACUCGGCCAGGCGGCGACAGAGCGAGAGGUCCACUGCACGCUGGAGGAUCUCUCAGCCAGAACCUUCCAGCAGGUCCUGGACUUCGCCUACACGCAGAGUCUGGAGGUGUCCGAGGACGACCUGCGGCAGCUGCUGGAAGCCGCUCGGUUUUUGGAGAUGGAAGCGUUGGAGGAGCAGUGCCGGCUCCACUUGGACGCACUCCUCCUCGGGUCGGGAGAUGAAGCGGGUGAAAGGCCCGAUGAGGAGGCGGCGUUCGAAAAAAAGCAACACCGAGGGGAGAAACUGCGAGAGACUCCCGGGGUCGAAAACACCGCAGAGAGGAUCAGCGCAGAAGAGCCGAGAAAAAAGUCCAGACUGUCGACUUUCGGCCGGAAGAGCGUCAUCACCAGCUCCGCCUCCAACUCGUCCUCCUCUCCUUGGACCGUCGCAAACCACAUGUGGAACUCUGUCAGCACCCUGAGACAGAUCGCCCAGAACUACUCCUCCUUGUUCGCUCACUCCCAGCCGGCACCGGCGGCCUUCCCCCUGCAAGGGCCCCUUUUCCACGCCGCUGCUCAGCAGUCACCGCUGGCAAGUUUGCAUCCGCACUACGCGCAACAUCUUUACGCCGGCAACGGGGGGACGGGGGCCGACGUCGCCGGGGGCCGGACGCAGGGGGCGAAGAAAAAGGCCGGACAGAAGCCGGACAAGACCGGUGAGAUCAGUUUCCCCGCCGCCGCCGACGAGGAGGCGCCGAACGACGGCCAGCACUGCGGCGGCUCGUGUCGGUGCCGCGAUCCGGCCUCCUCGCCCCGAGGUGAGGCCUGCGCAUGCUGUCGGCUCUUCGUGACAGACUGCGAAUCUCAGUCCAAUCGACAAGAUUUGAGAGGCGAAAAACCGUAUCAGUGCCAAGACUGCCCCAAGAGGUUUAGCCUCAAACACCAACUGGACACGCACCACCGAACUCACACAGGUGAGAAGCCCUUCGAGUGCCGACUGUGUGGCCAGCGCUCCCGAGACUUCUCGGCCAUAAUCAAGCACCUGCGGACUCACGGCGGGGCGUCUCCUUACCGCUGCACGCUGUGCUUGGAGUUCUGCAGCAGCCUGGUGGCCAUGCAGAGGCACAUCAAGAGCCACCCGGUGCACGACUUCCCCCCUGACUGGACCAUCGGCAGAACCUACCUGUACACGUCCCACGUCACUCAGCACUGACACGAUCCACGCAACCAUGCGCUUGCCGUCUUCUUGCGACACGUGCCGCUUUGGAGGAAUUGACCCACGUCGGCCUGUUUCAAAAAUCCCGUGUGAUCCUUGAACACAAAAGUUAGCCUACUUUUGGAUUAUCCAACAUUUUUAAUAUAAGACAAAAUGAUUGGCACAUUUGAGAAAACUACACUUGUAAGUAACUGGUGUUGCAUAUUAAUAUCAAGAUCAUGGGUUGAAAUACAAAUUGUGAUACAAAAGAGAAAUGAGAUACACAGCCGAGAACUUACGAAAAAAGUAAGUUGUAUUCAGCAGAUAAUAUCAGAAAACACACUUAAAGGGGACAACACGACCGCUGGGUGUAACAGGCUACGGGACGACAGGCUUGCAAAACGAGGCAACGGAGCCCUAAAACCUGCCCCCUACAAAAAGCCCCGAAUACCUUGCAUCCAUUUCAAACAUGCGAUCACCACGAAGUGAGAUCAUCUCUGACAGCAAACCAAAUAAAGUUACAGCGUAUAACUUUGGGUGUCAUUGUCUCCCAUUACCCCAAGAUGGGUACGGUGUGACAGUCUGAGCGCUCCCCGGUGCUGAAAGGUUUUCUUGUGAUUAAUGCGCAUGCGUGUAUGUUUUGUAAACUUCCGGCCGUUGUGAAACAU